AACGUAAUCAAUCAUUGAAAAGAUCUUUUAGUUACAGCGCAGUAUAAAACGUUCCCCAUUUAAGUUCCCUUCGCAUUUGCUGUUUGGAAGUCAGUAGUGUGCUUCUCAGAAGUAUUUCUGUUUUGGUCAUUGUGGAGAUGAAUUUUCCAUUACAUCACCUCGACAGAAUUGGUGCUGCUGAUGUGUUCCGAUACGAUGCUCAGCUUAAGACUAUUGUGCAAGUAUUGAAACAUAAUCGCUCUAUGGACAACGACGAGCAACUGUUCGGCUCAAAUUUGACGUUGGGUAAACUAGUGAUUGAAAGACCCGAGCAUUCUGUGCUGAUGUGGCUAUUUCAGUUGAUGCAAGUGUAUUUAAAGAUAAACUUACAUUUUCGGAGUUAUACGAAUGCUGAAAACAUUCACAGCGCACUGGAUAAGGGAGAAAUCGAUAUAGGCAUGGUGGUCGAGUCGAUCGAGAACAGCACUGUGAACAAACUGUUGUUCGUAAAGAUGGACCAAAAUCUUUACCUACCCCUGAACCAUACCCAUCACUCGGACACCUACUUCAUCGACAUCUUCGCUCGCAAUCUGCGCUGUGCGCUGGUUGGUUUGGCGCUGUUUAUCGUACUGCUGAAUGCGCUUUUGACGCGUAAGCAUGCCCCGGUUCGACACCUGCUGUUUGUGUACGAACUGCUCAGCGGUGCCCGGGCCUACCCGCACCCCAGCGAACACGUGCCGAACCGUACGUUGCAACUGCUGCUCGGAAUCGUGCUGCAGAUCUUCAGCUGUGCCCUGGCCACGUUCCUGGUAGCACAGCUGUCCAUUCCCAGAUCGGAGCUGCCGGUGCACAACUUGAAGGAUCUAGCCAAGCAUCCGGAGUACAAGGUGUGCAUACCGACGUUGAGUAGGUUGGCCAGGCACAUUCCUGCCUUGGUAAGGGGUAGUACGCAUCAGAAGCGGUUCGAUCACGACUGUCAGCGCUUGGUGCAGGGAAAGGAUCCGGAAAAGCUGGCCGAUUAUCUUUGCGAUCGAAACAAUUUCGUCGUCAUCCUGGCCAGCGAUGCCACGAUGAACCAGAUAUUUCACGAUGCCAAGCUGCUGGAAAGGAUGUGCGAUAUCAUACCGAUCGAAAGGAAGGUCGUAGUCAACUGGCUCGCCCUGCCGUACAGUGGCGCGUUCAAGCACGUGGAGCAGGUGAAGCAGUUCUUCAUUAUGGCGCGCACGACUGGACUGCUGCACAAACCGUACCGUCAACUGGUGGGCUUCUGGAAUCGGCAACCGAAGCAGAAGAAGAACCGUUGGGCAGAUAUAGAGCUGGCCAGCUUGAAGAUUUUGUUUCUGGGCUAUGGCACCGUCGGUUGUUGCAGCUUGGCGAUGCUGUUAGUAGAACUACUAGUGGCAAAGGGUUUGAAAAUCUACAAAAUUGUUAAAGUCUACAACACUGAAACAUCUCGCAAAUGAAUCGAUAGAAGUUAAAAGUGAGCUUUUGUGACUGGACAUGUAUAACUUUAGGCGCUUUGUUGUUGUUCAUUGUAAAACAGCUCUAUAUAACUGCACUUUACACUUUUCACUAACACAUUCAUUUCACUCAUGCUCGCAAUAAAUUGAAAAUAACAUUC